AAAUAACAAUCAUGCAUUUUCGAGGGCCAACCCCCAACCCCAUUUCAAAUAAGUUAGGUUAGAUCCAUCAAGUUAGAUCUCCUACUUGAAUGCACUUCGAUUUGGGCUCAAGCGGAUAUUUUUUGGUGGAUUUUUUAUUCGCAGUCAUGCCGAUACCAUGGACACCAUUGCUGUUGCAGUUCAUUUCUGGUCUAAAGGUGAGGCUAAAGCAAUGUUCUUGAGGCAUGAAGGGUUCCUUGGAGUACUGGGCGCAUUCAUGCAUGAGCUACGAAAAGAGAGUCGCUGUGGCUUAACAGUAGAUGAAGCAGCACAACAAUUCCAAAUAAGUGUAUCCCAUGCUGCCGAUUAGAUCGAUCUAUUGCCCCCUAAGUCAGGAUUUGAAUGACAGUAUUGAGUGCAGUGUCUAUGUAACCAAGCAUCGAUCAUUUGUAGCAUCAUCAUCUUUCUUGGGCUUACAUACAGACUAAUCAAGGCAAAUUUUUGGAAACCCUACUUCCUCUGAAACUGAAGGGUAGAAAGUUGCAUAAACAUGUGUAACAUGGUUGAUACGUUGUAUUUAUAGGACCCUUGAAUGGAAAGGAUAUAGAAACAAUAAAAAGAGUGAUGGCUGACAAUUAAACAUGAUCGUGUAGUGUCUGUGCCUGCCUCCGUUGUGCCCGCCAUGUGUAUGUGGCUUGUUUAACUAAUAAAAUAGUUUCUACCAA